AUGUGGUCCUGCACAACUCUCUUUUCUGGACUUCGGCGCCCACUGCUGCGCUUUGGAGGGGCUUGUCUUUGUCUUCUUACCACAAGCUGCACUCUUGGACUACUUUCUUUUACUUCGGUUGAAAAUUCCGAUUCUACUUCCUCAGGACCCUCAACACUGUAUUAUAUUGGCAGUCUUUUGGCUAGCCUCUCUAUGGGAGCUGGACUCUCUUUCUGCAUCACAGCAACUCCAUUUCUAGCUUCUCCACCCUUUUCGGUUACAUCAUUACCUGCUCUCGCAACUAUUGGCAGUAGCACUGGCAUUGGGACAUCUUUGACUACUUCGGCUCGUCUUUUGGUUGCUGGACUGGCUGGACAAGCAUUUUUGCCUGCACUCGCCGGUUAUGCUUUACAUUGGUCUCGAGAACACAUUGUCUCUCAUGCAGUUCCAGCCACUGCCUUCUUUUUCGCCUCAUGUCUGAGCCUCUGCCUUUUCAUUGACUUGAUACUUCAUCUUCUGGCCUCUUCAGGAGUUAGCCAAACUCAUGAUGUUAAAAGUUGGCCUCGACGACUUGUGGCACUUUUUGUUUCCUUUGUUCCCUGUGGGUCUUUUAAACCUCUAAAUUCCAAGGAUGGCCCAGGAAAACUUUCCAAUACCACUCGUUCGAGCACGAAACCUUUUGCCAUGCCUUUACAUCGCUCCUCUGAUAAAGAAUCCUCGACAGCCAAUGCUCCUGCCCAAGGUAGCUCGAAUCCCGUAGGGCGGUUUUUAAGUUCCCUGUUCCAGCGUUCUAACUCGUCCUUCUAUCGGAUCGGGAUAGCGACCUCAGUUUCUCGGCAUCAGCAAAAUCUACAUAGUCACUGUCCUGCCCCCGGACUUCCCUUGUUUAGCCGACAUGCGAGAUCUAAUGAUGACAUUUCUGGACUCCUGAGAACUGCUUCAACAGAGGCAGCAGAUAGGGCCAACGAGAAGUCAAUACAAAUGGAUUUUCCUCAAAAUUUUGGACAAACUUACAGUCGUAAUAGGGCCACUUCUCAUUAUCAUCAGUACUCAUCCCUUCUGAAAGCAUACUCAUACUCUGACGAUGAGUCUUAA